CUUAGGGAUAUGUAUAGAGUUGAUGUGUUAAAAAAUUUAAACUGACGUUGAAUAUCCCACGAAAUCACGUCCUUGGUCACAGACGAAGGCCAUAAAAAGCAGUUGCCUAUCAGCAAACUUCUCCAUUCCACACGAAAUGUCAUCAUCUACAUUAGUAGAGCCGUUGCCCUCGAUGAAGAUACGCGAACACCAUCGCCAACAAGAGCCAGACGAAUCUAAGCAAAGUUUGGCUCUGGUGAGCAUCAAUGGUGGUGGUGGAACAGCCUCCUCCGCCCCGCUCGUGUCGUCGUACAACGACAGGAUCCGCCCACUGCUCGACGCCGUGGACAGGCUCCGCCACCUUAAAAUCACGCAGGAAGGCAUCCAGCUUCCGACCAUCGUCGUCGUCGGCGAUCAGUCGUCGGGAAAAUCAAGCGUCCUCGAAUCCCUCGCCGGAAUUAGUCUCCCAAGAGGGCAAGGCAUCUGUACGAGAGUCCCUCUCAUUAUGAGGCUUCAAAAUCAUCAGAAUCCUCAACCGGAGCUCUUCUUGGAGUUCAACGGAAAAGUAGUCCCCACUGAUGAGGAUCACAUCGCCCACGCCAUUGUUGUGGCCACCGACGAGAUCGCCGGCCAGGGUAAGGGCAUCUCCAAUCAUCCCCUCACUCUGGUCGUGAAGAAGAGAGGCGUACCCGAUCUCACCAUGGUCGAUCUCCCCGGAAUCACUCGAGUUCCGGUUCACGGCCAGCCGGAAGACAUCUACGAGCAGGUUUCCGGUAUAAUAAUGGAGUACAUCACGCCGGAGGAGAGCAUCAUUUUGAAUGUGUUAUCGGCAAGCGUGGAUUUCUCCACGUGCGAGUCCAUCAGGAUGUCUCAGCGCGUCGACAAAACAGGGCAGCGGACUCUCGCCGUCGUCACCAAAGCGGAUAGAUCGCCGGAGGGUCUCCUCGAGAAGGUGACGUCCGACGACGUCAACAUCGGCCUCGGUUACAUCUGCGUGAGGAACCGCAUCGGCGACGAGUCUUAUGAAGAGGCACGUGCUGAGGAGGCUGCUCUUUUCCACACGCAUCCUCAGCUCUCCAAGAUCAGCAAGUCCAUGGUCGGAGUCCCCGUCCUCGCGCACAAGCUGGUUCAGGUGCAGGCAAAGAUCAUCGUCAAAUGCCUGCCGGAAAUCGUGAGGAAGAUCAACGAGAAGCUGUCGUCGAACGUGGAGGAACUGAACAAGCUGCCUCGGAACAUGACCAACGUGGCCGAAGCUAUGACGGCGUUCAUGCACGUGCUCGGCGCCGCCAAGGAGUCGCUCAGGAAGAUCAUGCUGAGGGGCGAAUUCAACGAGUACCCAAACGACAAAGAGAUGCACUGCACGGCUAGGCUCACGGAGAUGCUCAACCAAUAUUCUCAGGAUUUGCAAUCUCUGGGCGGUGCGGAAGAGCCCAAGGUUGCCUUCCUUGUUAAGGAGAUGAGCGUUUUGGAGGAGAGCAAAUCCAUAGGUUUGCCUAAUUUUCUACCCAGGGCUGCUUUCAUGACUCUGUUUCAGGGAAAGGUGAAUGCCUUAUCACUGGCACCAGUUGAAUUCUUGGACAAGAUGUGGAGCUACAUCGAGAAGGUGGUGGUUGCUGUGCUGAUGCAGAAAGCGGAGAACUACCCGCAGCUGCUCUCCUCCACGAGAAAGGCGGCGCAGAAUCUGGUGGCUACCAACAAGCACAAGUCGGUGGCUUGGGUGACUGACAUGGUGGAGAUGGAGAAGGUAAGCGACUACACCUGCCACCCCGACUACUCCGCCUCGUGGAACAAGCUCAUGUCUCACCAGAAGGAGUUCAAGGAGAUCCUCGGGGACCCCAACAGGGCUCCGAGGCUCAACAUGGAGGGAUUCGGAGUGGUGGAGGUGGGGCACUUGAGGAGCCUAGGGGUUGUGGUGCAGGAGGCAUUCGACAUCAAGAUGAGGCUCACCGCGUAUUGGAAGAUCGUGCUGCGGAGGAUGGUGGACUUCAUGGCGCUGCAUCUGCUCUUCACCAUUCAGAACCUCAUAAACAGGGACAUGGAGGCCGAGAUUAUAAACGAGAUUGUAGGAGCGCAGGGGAAUGGGCUGGAGAAGAUGCUGGAGGAGUCUCCCGGUGUUGCUGAGAAGAAGGAGAGGUUGAAGAAUAGUAUAAGGCUGCUCAAUGAGUCCAAGGAGGUUGUGUCGAACAUCAUGGACCAGAUUUCUGCGCUCAGCAUGGGGAAGUAGAUGCAUGCUUUUCACUAUAUAUAUUGGUAUGGUAUGUUCAACUGCAUGCCUAGGUUAUUAAAAACUCUGAUGAGAGAUUUAUCUAGUAAUUAUAUGGCUCUUUUGUGUCAACUCCAGUCUCUAUUUUGGAAGAAAGGUGAGUAACUUAUCUAGUAA